AUGUCCGAUCACAGUAUUACGACGCUAGCAACGGCGUCCGCAGGAACCGACGCACUCCCCAACCCUGGUCCAGUGGUGCGGUCGAAUUGUAUGCGAGCUGGACUACGCAAUCGUGGACGGACUCCCGGUAUUGGAUACUGGAAUGUGCGAACGUUUCCGAACCCCGGUACACAAAGACUGACCUCACAUAGCCUUUAUCAGUACAGCGUAGAUGUCUGCUGUCUGUCUGAAGUUCGACUCCCUGAAUCAGGCCCCCGUGAAAUACAGAUCCCGGGAGACGAAUCACACUUCACCCUGUACCACAGUGGCCCGCGCGAUUCUUCUGGUCGUCACGGUGUGGCGAUCGUCCUAUCGCAACAAGCUGACCUUGCGCUACUUGCUUGGGAACCAGUCAAUGACCGGAUGGCCUACGUGCGACUGAAGGGCCACUUCACGAACAUAUUAAUGGUCUCCGUGUACGCACCAAUUUUGGCUGCCGAACAGCGCGAUAAAGAGGCGUUUUACUCUCAGUCGCAAGUACUAGUUGAAAGAGUGCCCCGCUGUGAUCUGCUGAUUGUUGCUGGCGAUUUGAAUGGCCGAAAUGUGCAUGGCGAUCCCACAACCAGUCGUCUUCUUGGUCGCUUUGGGCUUGGCUCCCAAUGCGAAAAUGGUGAGAGAUAG